GCAGGAUCGUCAAGCUGUAGGAAUUCGGUAGCUCGCUGCGCGCUGUGGGCUGGGCAGGCUAUCACACACGAUGAGGAGGGCUGCCGCUCUGCUUGCGCAGCGCCUGCCCGCAGCGGUGGAGGCGGUGCAGCCAUCUACCUCUGCAGCAGCGGCGCCCUGGACCCGCGCCUUCACAUCCGCCGCAGUGGGGCGAGCGCCUGUGCACCCCGAGGAGGAGGUGUACAACAGGCAGCGGCAGGUUAUCAUCCUGGGCAACCGCGUGCCCACCGCCGCGCCCGACACCUGGGUGGCGCCCAACGCGGUGGUGGUGGGCGAUGUCGACUUGUUUGAGAAGACCUCCAUCUGGUAUGGCUGCGUGCUGCGUGGCGACCUCAACUCAGUCAAGGUCGGCGCCUUCACAAACGUGCAAGACAGGACCGUCAUCCACGCCGCGCGCUCCUCGCCCACCGGCCUGCCUGCCGCCACUGUGAUUGGCCGCAGCGUCACCAUCGGCCAGUCCUGCCUGCUGCGGUCCACCACCGUUCAGGACGAGGCGGUGGUGGGGGACAAGUGCGUGCUGCUGGAGGGGAGCCUAGUGGAGAAGCACGCGGUGCUGGCGCCCGGCAGCGUGCUGCCGCCGGGGCGCCGGAUACCUUCAGGCCAGCUGUGGGCGGGCAGCCCGGCCAAGUAUGUGCGCGACCUCACAAAGGACGAGGUGGGGCUGGGGGCUGGGCCUGGGGCUGCUCCAGCUGCGGCGUAG